CGCACGCCUCCGUCCGCCUUGCCGUUUGAACACUCGAGCUUGGGAGCCAUUUACGGCGUCGCAUCGCGCACUCGUUCCCCCCCGAUUUCUUCGAUCUCCUCGUGGGCGGUGGCGCGUCGUGCGGGCGAGCUCUGCCGCUGCUAGAUCUCGGAGGAGAGGGAGGCGGAGGCGCCGCGCAUUUCGUCGAGCAAGACAAGAUGAGGGCGCGGCGGGUCGGGGCGCUGGUGCUAGUGGUGGUCCUCGCGCUCGCCGUGUCGGUGGUGUGGUCGGCGCGGCUGGACCUGGAUGACGACGACGACUCGGACGUGCUGGACGAGCUGCUGGCCAUCGACGAGGAGGCGGAGCGGGGCGAGCUGGAUGGGGGAGGCGGCGACGGCGGGGGCGCGGCGGAGGCGGUGCGGCGGGCGCAGUCGAUGGUGCUGGCGCUCGACAACGACAACGCGCGCCGCGCCGUGGAGGACCACGCGGAGCUGCUGCUCCUCGGGUACGCGCCCUGGUGCGAGCGCAGCGCGCAGCUCAUGCCGCGGUUCGCCGAGGCCGCCGCGGCGCUGCGCGCCAUGGGCAGCGCCGUCGCGUUCGCCAAGCUCGACGGGGAGCGGUACCCCAAGGCGGCCGCUUCCGUUGGGGUCAAGGGGUUCCCCACCGUGCUCCUCUUCGUCAACGGCACCGAGCACGCGUACCAUGGCCUCCACACCAAGGACGCGAUAGUUACUUGGGUAAGAAAGAAGACUGGUGCGCCAGUCAUUAUGCUUCAGUCUAAGGAUUCAGCUAAGGAGUUCCUUAAAAAGGAUCAGACUUUUGUUAUUGGACUAUUCAAGAAUUUUAAGGGAGCAGAAUACGAAGAAUUUGUGAAGGCAGCAACCACAGAUGAUGAAGUACAGUUUGUAGAAACCAGUGAUAGGAGUGUUGCCAAAAUUCUAUUUCCAGGUAUUACAUCCGAAGAGCAAUUCGUAGGCCUUGUUAAAAGCGAACCUGAGAAGUUUGAAAAGUUUGAUGGGGACUUUGAAGAAAAGGCAAUUUUGCGGUUUGUGGAGCUAAACAAGUUUCCCCUAAUUACUGUAUUCACUGAGCUCAAUUCGGGCAAAGUAUAUUCAAGCCCUAUUAAACUGCAGGUCUUCACUUUCUCAGAGGCUUAUGAUUUUGAGGAUCUUGAAUCUAUGGUUGAAGAAGUUGCAAGAGCAUUCAAGACAAAGAUAAUGUUUAUAUAUGUGGACACUGCUGAAGAAAACCUUGCAAAGCCAUUCCUCACUCUUUAUGGUCUUGAAUCAGAAAAAAAGCCUACUGUUACAGCAUUCGAUACAAGCAAUGGAGCCAAAUAUGUGAUGGAGGCAGAUAUCAACGCAAAGAACCUAAGGGAAUUCUGCUUAAGUCUCCUAGAUGGCACACUACCUCCGUACCACAAAUCAGAACCAGUACCGCAAGGGAAGGGACUUGUUGAAAAAGUUGUUGGUCGUACAUUUGAUUCUUCUGUGCUGGAAAGUCCUCAAAACGUAUUCCUUGAGGUUUAUACACCUUGGUGUGUUGACUGUGAGGCGAUAAGUAAAAAUAUCGAGAAGUUGGCCAAGCAUUUCAGUGGGUUGGAGACUCUUAAAUUUGCACGCAUAGAUGCUUCUGUGAAUGAACAUCCUAAAUUGAAGGUGAACAAUUACCCAACGCUCUUCAUUUAUCCUGCCGAAGACAAAAACAACCCGAUCAAAGUUUCAAAGAAAUUAAGUGUCAAGGACAUGGCCAAAUUCAUCAAGGAGAAGCUGCAAAUCUCAGACGUGGAGACGGUAGCGGCCACGGACAAUGCCCCAGCUGCGGAAAAUAUCAAGGAUGAGCUAUAGCCGGUAGUCCAGUGAAGGAAAAAAAUUGGAGCAUGCUUGUGCGUUGCGCCAAUGUGAUAACAGAACUUUCUUUGUUCGCGUGUUGUAACUUGUAUUAAGGUGAAAUAGAAUAGGUAAAAGAUCAAACGGACAUGUAAAUCAAUUUUAAUAGCUUCCAUAAAUGAAAAUCCCAGGUUUUACUUCCGAA